GCGGCCAGGUGGAGCCGCAGCCGGGCGUGGUCCUCAAGCUGGCGGAGGUCUCGGGCUGCGACAUGGACGCGUGCUACGCGGCGCUGGUGGCCUGCGACGGCGACUUCCACGGGGCGCUGGGGCAGCUGCGGGCGGGCAUCCUGGCCGACGAGGGCGGCGCCAAGGCCCGCGUGCAGAUGCGCGCCGCUCUGCAGUUGCUGGAGCAGGCGCGCAUCGGCCGCUCGGUGGCCCGCGGCGCGCUCGGGGGCGCCUGGAUCGCCGCCGCGCUGCUGCUGCAGGCCUUCGAGCUGCUCGUGCCGCGGCGCUUCCUGGAGAUCUACCUGGCGCUCCUCGGCGUGCGGACGGACGGGCCGCUCGGCCUCGUCGCGCUGCUGCUGCCCCCGCUGGGGAUGAUACUCGUGAUGGUGCUCCUGCUCCGGGACCUCGACAUCCUCCUGAGCCUGCGCUUCUGA